AUGCCAUCGUCUCUUAUUUCACCUUCAGAACUUGAUUAUAUUAUUCGAGGAGUUGAUGAUAAUCUUCGUGCAGAUGGCAGAGGACGUCUUGAUUAUAGAGAAGUUAUAUUAGAGACAGGUUUAAUUUCUCAAGCUAAUGGAAGUGCUAGGUGUAGAUUAAGCAAAGGUACAGAUGUGCUUGUUGGAGUGAAAGUUGAAAUUGGAAGUAUAGAAAUAGAUGGGACUGAUGAAGAAGUUGCAGCAAUAGAAGCGAAAAGAGGCAGAAUAGUUUGUAAUGUAGAGUGUUCUCCUAUCGCGUCACAGCAAUUCGCUGGUAGAGGAGCAGAUGAUAUCAAUAAUGAAUUAACGCAGUUAGUUGAUCGUGUUUUGAAUGGACCACAAGGAGGUCUAAAUCUCGAAAAAUUAUGUAUAAUUCCAGGAGAAGAAUGUUGGAUUGUUUAUAUUGACGCGCUUGUAUUAGAUUAUGGUGGAAAUAUUUUAGAUAUAAUAUUUACAACUAUAAGAGCAGCACUCCAUAAUACACGAGUUCCCAAGACAGUAAUUGAAGAAGAUAAAGAAGUGGAAAUUUCUGAUGAUGUUGAGGAAUGGGAAAGAAUAGAAGGUUGGGAACUAGUGCCAAUUUCAGUUACUUUAAAUAAGAUUGGGACACGCCAUAUUGUUGAUGCAACAGUAUUAGAAGAACUCGCGACAAAAGCGAAAUUAUCAGUAAUGGUUAACAAAAAUAGUAAAAUAUGUGGAAUACAAAAGAUUGGAGGUGGAAGUAUUGAACAUAGUCUUUUAAAUGAAAUGUUGCAGACGGGAAGAUCAUUAGGACAGAACUUAAUACAUAAUUUGGACAAGAUGCUUCAAAAAGAAGAAGAGAUAAAUGCAAAACGUAAAAUUGGUUUCUUUGCUUCAGCUUGA